UAUGAGUAUACAUAUCAGUAUCAAUGGUCUAACCCCCACCACGAGUCCUGUAUAUACGGCUGUGUUCAAAAAUGAGUUGUCGUGCGUUUAAAGAGAUACAUUCACCAUCUAUAUAGCAUUAUUUUUCAGAAUAAUAUGUUGAUGAAAGAUACCAAGAUUGUGAUGAACAAACCAAAUAUAAGAACUGGAAGUCAAGCGGGAAGUACGUAACUAUACUAAAACUAUAGGAACAUACAAGACUACAAUUUGGAGAAGGUUAUCGAUUAUGUCUUUUCGCUUCACGAUGUAGCUUCGAAUAAAAAUCAUCAUUGAAACUGCUUAUCUAGUGAUGCUUACCUGCGGACAUGAAACUAAGACACAAAAUAAUGAUGUGGAUCAUCGACGAUCAUCGCGAAACGUUCUUUGUUCGCAGCUCUGGAUUUGUAGAGAAAUAUGUCAACAGAAGGCGCAGAACUUUCAAAUCGUUUCAUGACUCGAGAUGUCGAAACUAUGCCGGACGAGACACAGAACAAUCGUAUGGAUAUACUGGAGUGUCUUUCAGUUUUAAUUAAUGAAAAUAAUUCUGGGAAUGAUCAAACAGAAGAAUUAACACUAGAUGAACACCUAUUGAGUGGUGGUACAACCUUGACAGCAGUAACGUUGCCUGAUGGAACGCAAGCAUUUGUUACCAAUAAUUUCAACGAUGAUGAUAUGAAUUUAAAAAGGCAAACAACAUUAGAAUUGGGGAGUGGAGAUACCAUAUUGCUCCGAGAUAUAACAGAGUUUGCAGAAGGUAAACCACUUCAACUGGAAUUAGAGCCAGCAACAUUAGUUCAAGCUCGUGACUCUACCAUAGAAAAUGUUGAAAACUAUCCUCAUGUAGAGUUUAUCGAUGGUAAUGCUUAUAUGGUAGCUGGUCAUCUUGAUAUUAGUAAAGAUUUAUGGGAAAUUGAAGAUGGGAAAUUGAAGAAAAAGGAUUCCAAGAUUUUAUUAAAUAAGCUAUCUACAUCAAGAAUAAGACAUCCUUGUCCAAGAGAGGGCUGUUCAAAGGUUUACAGUACACCUCAUCAUCUUAAGGUUCACGAACGAUCUCACACUGGUCAACGACCAUACAGAUGCACACAUCCAAAAUGUAAGAAGAGCUUCUCGACAGGAUACAGUUUAAAAGCGCAUCUGCGUACGCACACGGGAGAGAAACCUUACAAAUGUCCAAACGAAACGUGCGAUAAGAGUUUUAAAACAUCCGGAGAUUUGCUAAAACACGUACGGACCCAUACUGGAGAACGGCCCUUCUUAUGUCCGUUCAAUGGAUGCGGUCGUUCCUUUACUACGAGUAAUAUUAGGAAGGUUCAUGUCAGAACGCACACUGGGGAACGUCCAUACAAAUGUACACAACCUAAAUGUGGCAAGGCGUUUGCUAGUGCAACAAAUUAUAAGAAUCAUAUACGAAUUCAUUCGGGUGAAAAACCUUACGUAUGCUCUAUAGAAAACUGUGGAAGGAGAUUCACAGAGUAUUCUAGUCUUUACAAGCAUCAUCUCGUUCAUACGCAACAACGUCCGUUCGAAUGUAAAAUUUGCUUGAGGAGGUACAGACAAAGUAGUACUCUUGUGAUGCACAAAAGAACUGCUCAUUCAUUAGUCGAUAAUGAUGAUAAUGUCGAUGUUCUUUGCCAAGAAUCUGUACAAGAGUCUUUUAGUCGAAGCAAAGAUAGACGAAAAGGAAGCAUUAUGCGAGAUAACGGUAAUUCGUCGUUAAAGAUCACAGAAAAAGAUGGACAAAUACAGAUUUCCAAAGCGACCGAUGAUUUAAAUGAUAACGAAACGCAGAUUUUAUUGGUCGGUGAUCCUUCACAAAUUGCAGCAUUACAGCAGAAAAUUGAGCUAAACGGUGGUUUCGACGAACCUGGUAUUGAUACUUCGUUCGAAGAACUAAAUAUAAAGAUUGAAGAUAUAGAACUUGGAUGGCACUGAUACGUCUUCAAAAUCAUUCAAUGAAUAUUAAAUAGAAACAGAAAUUGUCUAUUCUUUCUUUUGUCUAUUUCUUCAAUUAUCUAUUGUUUACUGAGUCUUUUAUAUAUGUAUGUAUAAUUGGUAGUUCUAUCGAUCUUAGCAUUGGGAAUUAAGGACAACUUUGGCCCAUCACGUCAUCGGAGAUAGUCUAAAAAGGAGCAUUUUGUUUAUUAAUUUGAAGAUAUAUUUCGUCAUUAUCAACAAAUAAAUUGGAUUGGAAUUUUGAAUCGUUCUCCUCGAA